UUUUCCUUGGUCCCCGAAACGCGCUGCUGCCUUGCCGUUUCGGCCCCUGCGCUGCGCCUUCUUCCUCAACAGAGAUUCCAAGAAUCAAUGCCUAACUCCCUCAGCUCCAGACGAUACGAUGAACUGAUCUCUCGGCUUCAGUCGGAUUCGAUUUCUUCCUGCAUCUCCGGUGCUGUUCUUCGGAGUCGGAAGUUGUCGCUGCGGCGAAGCUGAUACCUUCAAUCGUUUCCGUUAGGUUUAUGGUUUUUGGGAGGCUGAUUCUCUGUUCUGCAAUAUGGAGCUGGAUUUGGUGACCACUAGCGUAUCAGAAAAUGAAGCUUUUGAAGUCGAUAAUUGUAAUGAAGCUGCUGAUUUGGAGGCUGAAACCUGUGGACUAUGCAUGGAAGUUGUAAUUGACCGGGGAUUGUUGGAUUGUUGUCAGCACUGGUUCUGCUUUGCAUGUAUUGACAACUGGGCUACCAUCACCAACCUCUGCCCACUUUGCCAAAAUGAAUUUCAAUUGAUCACAUGUGUUCCAGUGUAUGAUACUGUUGGAAGCAGCAGGUCUGAGGAGGAAUCAUUUACAAGGGAAGAUGAUUGGUGCGUUGAAGGAAAGAAUAAUACUCUUUCAUUUCAAUCAUACUAUAUUGAUGAAAAUGCAGUUGUCUGCUUGGAUGGAAAUGGCUGUAAAAUUCGCACUGGGUCAGCAACUGCUGAGGGAGAUUCAUGUCUCGAUACAUCAAUUGCUUGCGAUUCAUGUGAUAUCUGGUAUCAUGCCUUUUGUGUUGGAUUCAAUCCUGAAGAUACAUCUGAGAGUACAUGGUUAUGCCCCCGAUGCACUGGCCAAACACUGAGAGAGUCAAAAGCAAAUUUCCCAGAGUCUGGGAACUCAUCUUGUCAAGAAAAUGCUGCUAAUUUGGUUGAGAAUUCCUCUGGUAGGAAGUUGUCUGUGUCUGUUGCUGAUGCUGGGGAGACAGCUAUUGUUGUCUCAAUGGUCACAGGAGAUCAUUCAGUCGAAGGUUCUAAUGCAAUUUCAUCCCCAGCCAUAGAUGUCAGGGAGCACAAAACUGAAGCAAUUCAAGGAAUUUCUGAGUUUGGAGGUGACGAAAUGGGUAAGCCUGUGGUGGAGAGUGGAAAAAUAAUGCCAAAAUUGGAAUAUGAGGACCUUGGCCUGUCCUUAUCAGAUGCACCUUUCAGUUUCCCUUCUUCUAUUGCAUCCAGCAAGUUGAAGGAAAAUUCUGAUUUUCAUGUGCAAAGUGAACCUUCUAUGGAUAGCUCUCACGAUUCCUUGGGAAAGAUUGACACUUCAGUCAUUGGAAACAAAUUAUCUGAGAGUGGUUGUGGUGUAGAACUACAUCUUGGGUUCUCCACGGCCUCGUCUUCUGGCAUUGGUGGCAUGAAGAUUAGUGGAACUGAUAAUAGAGUAGGUGAAGAAGUGUCGAGUCACACUCUUUCAAAUGAUACUAUAGUAAAAGAUGAUCGAUCCACAGUUGAUUCUCAGAACACUGUCAUCAAAACAAAUGGUACCAAGAAAAGGCGUGCAGAUCCCAGUGAAGGUAAUGAAGAGUCCAAAGCAAAAAGAAAAGCAAAGACUAAGGCUCGAUAUGCAAAGAGAAGUAGGCCUGAGGGGAAGGUCGAUCCCGAGAAUUGCUCUACCCUGGUUCCUGGAAAUGAUAUGCAGCAAAGUAGGGAAACUUCCCCUGAUAUAAUGAGUAUAGUUCAAGGGUCAGAAGCUAACCUUCUGAAAGCCUCGAGCUUGAGAGUUAAAAAGAUAAUGAGGAGAUCUAUAGAGGACAAGGAAUCAUCCACAGUUGUUCAAAAGCUAAGAAAAGAAAUAAGAGAAACUGUUCGAAAUAGAGCUGCAGAAGAAUUAGGGGAGAACCUUUUUGAUCCUAAGCUUCUUGCUGCCUUUAGGGCUGUUGUGACUGGACCUAAGGCCGAGCCGGCUAUAAAAUUACCACCUUUACCUUUGAAGGCAAGGAGGUCUCUGUUGCAGAAGGGAAAGGUCCGUGAAAGUUUAACUAAGAAAAUUUAUGGAACAUCCAAUGGGAGAAGGAAACGUGCAUGGGACCGUGAUUGUGAGGUUGAAUUUUGGAAGUAUCGAUGUACAAGGACAACGGGGCCUGAGAAGAUUGAGACUCUAAAGUCAGUUCUCAGCCUUCUAAGGAAUGGUCCAGAGAAGUCGGGGACAAUGAAGGAGUCUGAACAGAAAACAGAAAAUUCCAUUCUAUCAAGGUUAUAUUUAGCGGACACAUCUGUUCUCCCUAGGAAGGAUGACAUAAAGCCUCUAUCAAAUCAUGAAAAUGCCACCGACUCUGACGAGAGAAACGCUCAGAAUAUUUCGGGGACUACUGCAAAGCAAUCUCUUGCUGUGAAAUCCGCAGAAACCAGUGAAGGUGGGUUAAAUUCUCCCUCCAAUGUUAAUAGAAAUAGUUCUUCUCUCAUUAAAGUGCCAGCAAUCAAGCGAGCAGAAGGGCCAGUAGUUUCUUCUCUUGGUACUAGCUCUAAGAAAGAAAACACUGAAAGGGGUGGUGAUGCAAAGAUAGAUAAAAGGAAAUGGGCCCUUCAACUUCUUGCUAGAAAAACUGCUUCUGCUGAAAAAGGUGCUUCAGCCGGAGGUGGAGACGCUGCCAUAUUGAAAGGAAAUUAUCCUUUACUGGCUCAACUGCCAAUAGACAUGAGAUCAACACCUGCACCUUCUCGCUACAACAAAAUUCCUUUAUCUGUAAGGCAGACACAGCUAUAUCGUCUCACAGAGCACUUCCUGAAGAAAGCAAAUCUGACAUCUUUAUGCAGAAAUGUGGAGACAGAGUUAGCUGUUGCAGAUGCAGUUAAUAUCGAAAAGUUGGUUGCAGAUCGGUCAAACAGCAAACUUGUAUAUGUAAAUCUAUGUGCCCAGGAGCUAUUGCAUAGAUCAGACAAUACCCAGUCCAAUGAUACACCAGAGGAAUCUAAUCAUUCAUCUCCUCAUCAAGCAGCGCCAACUGAGAAAAUAGAGGAAGAGGGCAUUGAUAAACUCUCGGAACCUGAGGUUGAAGCUGCACUAAGAGCUACUGGCCUUCUGUCAGAUUCUCCUCUAGGUAGUCCUAACUGCAAAACUGUCUCUGAGGAUGGAAAUGAACUCUAUAAAGAUUCGAGGGAAGAUGAGCCGGAGAAUAUUUUGGAGUUGGACUCUAAUCCUGAGCUGGAUAUAUACGGUGACUUUGAGUACGAUUUGGGUGAUGAAGAUUAUGUGGGAGCUAGUGCAAUCAAGGUCUCCAUGCCACAACCUGAGGAAGGUGAAGCGAAAAUGAAAGUGGUCUUCUCCACUUUUCACUCAGAGAGGUUGACUGAUACUGUAGAAUCCACAGGUUCUGAGCUGGUGCAAAAUGAAUCUUCCUCGCCAUUGGAAAUUGAUACAAGCAAGGGAACCUUAUCAGUGGAGGAUGGGAGUAAAAAGCUAGUUGAAUCAGAUAAACUUUUAUCUCGUGAAGGAGAUGAAGAACCUUCUGCUGCAGAAUGUGAAGAAUUAUAUGGCCCGGAAAAAGAGCCUUUAAUUAAUAAAUUUUCAGAAGGCCUAUCUGAGAAUGAAAUUUCAGGAUACAAUAAGAGUUCUGAAUUAGACAAAGCAGCAAAACAGUCAGGUGGCCAAUCUAUUCAUGAGGAGUCUGCUGGUGGGAAAGAAUUUGACGGAGAUUCUCAGUCUCAAACCAAUAAAAAUGACGGGGAGGAUGAGGAGAAAGCCAACAUUGAUGUUGGCAAGCAGUCCAGUGGUGUCAAUUCCAUAACAAAGAAGGUGGAAGCCUACAUCAAGGAGCACAUCAGGCCACUGUGCAAGAGCGGUGUGGUCUCGCCUGAACAGUACAGGUGGGCUGUCUCGAAAACAACUGACAAAGUAAUGAGAUACCACUCGAAAGCGAAGAGUGCAAAUUUCCUUAUCAAGGAAGGUGAGAAGGUGAAGAGACUUGCAGAACAAUAUGUCGAGGCAGCUCACAAAAGGCCCAAAAGUGAUUCAUAAUAUAAGCUGCAUUCUUCCUCCUUAUUUUGAUGGUAGUUUUUGUUCAAGGGUGUGUAUGAGAGUGGUGGGGAAGUGGAGGGAGAAGGGAUUUCGGGAACUUGCACAGAAUUUUUACAAAAUCCCUCCUCCUCCUCCCUCCAUCUCCCUCGCUCCCAAACACAGAGCAAGACUGCGGAGGUGCCUAUCCCCAGCUUUCAGGUUCAUGAUGGUCCUGAUUUUUAUGUGGCAAUCUGCUGCUACUAUCAGUCUAAAGGAAGGUUCCUGGAGUCGGGGUAUGUGCAGUUGUUAUAUCUGAUCAUUAGAGCUUCCCAGAUUGAUGCCUCUUGAUGAGGUAAAGAAUUCAGAUAGAAAAGGGACAGACAGCUUCUGAAUCAGGUUUGGGUGGCCGAAUUGCUAUAAUCUUCUCAGGCUUAAUCUGUUGUUUGGGCCUCACCAGACGUGCUCAAUCUUGGUUCAUCUAGGUACUUGUCACUAGUUCGGUCAGGUAGAAAGGAAAGCGAUUGCAAUUCCGCGCUAUUAUAACUGUCAGCUAUUCGAUUGAUUCCAUUGCAUCGGAUAGGACAUCAGUGCAUGGGAAAGCAUACUCUACUUUCGCUGCUAUCUGCAGCAAAGUCGGGUUGAGCAUGUUAAAUACUGGAAAAGAUGUAAAAUAUAAGUGGAGUACAUUUUUGAUUUUUGCUUACAUGCUUAUCACCAGUUAAAUAAACAUGACUUGAAGACCUCCAA